AUGCUGCCUAGAAGUCGGCUUGAUGAUGAAGAAUCUGACACAAACCCAAACAAUUUUACAGAUGCUGUUAUUCGGGUGGGUUCUGAAUAUCAGGCUACUAUACCGCAUUUCGGCGCUGGGACUCCAAACAGCUCUUCGUUCGGUCGAACGCUUGAGGUUCUGUACUGGAAACCACUUCCCACUUUGAAAAAUAGACAAGUGGAUGAUUAUAUUAACUAUGCUACUGAAAAAUAUGGAUAUUCUGAGGAGCAGGCUCUAGCUUUGUUAACAUGGAAAAAAUUUGAUUUUGCUUUGGCAAUCGAGGAUUUGGGGAACUUUAGUCCCAUUCGUUACGAUUGGACCCACAAUGAGCGGCGAAUUUUCUUUGCUGCUAUGGAUUUCCACUGCAAGAAUUUCUUUAAAGUUAAAGAACUUUUUCCUAAUCGUCGUACUACGGAGUUGGUUCUCUUCUACUACCUAAAUAAGCGUAACCAACAGACUCUUUACGAGUUAACUCUGCAUGCACCACAAUGGGCUGGAUUACAUGCCAAUGGAUUCAUUAAUAGUUCUGCCCGUUUGCAAGACAUUGAGGACAUAAUCACUCUGUCUUCCCUCACUCAUCCAAAGGAAAAGGUACCUCAAAGCGGUCUCUUCAAUGCUGAUGAUCCUCUUGAAAAUGCUAUCGCGCGUUAUAUAGAUAGCUUGAGUGGUAACAUUGAGUCGGGAUCAGGUUCAGCAAGGGCAUCUCGCAUCUUUCCGAGUGCUCCUAGUAAACAUAUCAAAACCAACAAGAAUACAUCUACAACGCGUCUUCGAAAGCGUAAACGGCCGGUGAAUGAAGCUGGAGUUGUUGGAGACGGGGAUGAGACCUUCUAUUCUUCUUCCUCCUCGGACAAUGAUAUAGUACGGAUUGACUACUUAGGAAAAUUGGUGAAUAAAAACGGUAUUCCUACUGGUGCUUCGGUUCGGACCUGCACUUCAAAAGUGCAGGCGCGAAUCGAGGCGGAGCUGAUGGCAAUGAGUAAAGCAGUAGCAAAAAGUCUACAGUCCUCUGGUUCUGAGCGAGCUUCGCCCAUACUGGAUGACGAUAACAAAGUGGUGCGUGGUUUUAAUCCGCGGGUCGGACUUGUAGAAACGCGAGAAUCGGCCAGGGGUCGAAAUGGGAAGGGGAGUAGGAGAAUUAAGUUGCUUCCCUACUCAGAACCAUAUUUUACCAGCAAUGGUGGGAUGAAGAAGUGUGGUACGCAGAAGAAGCGUGUCUCCGUUAAUGUUCUCACCGCCUCCGACGACGUUCCUACCUUCUCGUCGUCGCAUUCUUUCGUUCCACAGGUGAAUAUCGUCGUAGAACAGCGGCCGGCACAGCCGUCAUCACAAGAAGCGUCGGUGGCAAUGACAAUGGGGACAGAAAACUCCAAUCAGGUGGAGUCAUCUCCGAGACCUACCACUCCCGUAUCUACCUCCUCACCGAACUCAGUUCCAAUUACGGCGAACUCGGACAACGAACUAGAGGUUGAGCUAGAUUGUUCAGAAGCCCAAGGAGAAGUGCCAUCUGAAUCGUUUUUGAAGGAAUUGGAGGCGGAGGUUACGUCAAACAUCGAAGACAUGCGUCCACCUCAGAUUCCUAUUACUUCAUCUACUUUUGAGCGUUCGGUGGAUCAUGACCUUCCCAUUAAGAUAUGUUUUAUGGCCGCUUCAAAUAAGGAUCCUGAAUGGACCCGGGCAGAAUUGGCUCUGGCAGUGGAAAUCAUAUCGGAGGUGGGAGAGGACUAUGAACGCAUUGCUGAGCGCAUGGUCAACAAAACACCCAGCAUGGUUGCAUACCUGUUUAAAACACAGGGCAGGCAGCUGCAUCUUUAUGAGGUAGCAGCGAUGGCUGAAGUGAAUAAUACGGUAGAGCAGUGUCUUUCUCCUCGAUCUCAAUAG